CCUGCAGGAGCUGGGACCAACCUCUGAGGCAUGACAUGGGGUCUGCUCAGCACCUACUGGGUUUCUGUACCUCAACCAGCUGCGUGGGCAGUCCCAUGCCAGGGUCUGUAUCUUCAGUCGGCCAUGGGGAGUUGCUGUUUCCUGGCCCUGUGGCUGCACUGUGCUUUUGGAGGAGGCAUUGACUGUCUGCUUCCCUGAGGCUUCUGGCAGGGUAGGCAGCUCAGUGCCUAGUGCCUCUUAUUUCCUGAGCUGCCGCGUGUACUACCUAGCAUCUACUUCAACCAUGCUGAUCUGCCCCUAACCUGGGCGGCAGCUCUGCCUUGGUGCAGCUGGCACUGUCAGCCUCCAAGCCACUAGCCAGGCGAUAGCCCAGAUCAGAGCCUUCUUGCAAGCCCAGAUCAGAGCUGUGCUUGCACAGGGCUCCUUUGACUCUGGGAGUUUGUGUACCUAACGCUGACACUUUGCAGCUGUUGAAUGCGAGCACAUGCUGGGUACAGCUGCAGGGGCGGGCUGAAAAACCUUCCUGGAGGAGACUUGGCUCUGUGUGCUUAAUGGGGAACUGGCCCCUCCACACUGCCCAUAAAUGCUUCCUGUGCCAGCUGUGCAUGGCCUUGGCUCCCCUACUGAGCAUCCGUCUUCCUUCCCUGGCCUUGCAGGGCAUGAGAGAAAAGGAAGAUUGGGAAAUCACGGAGGUGAAGAUUUACAGAGGUGAAGAACUCAUGGGGUUGCAUCAGGCAGCCCAGUUCCAGUUCUGUAGGAGCAGGUUCCAGCCUGCUCCAAGAGCAUUCACCAUUUCUUUGCUUGGACUAAAUAAACCCAGUUCCCUCAGCCUCUCUUCAUAAGUCGUGUGCCCUAGCCGCCUCACCAUUUUCAUUAUCCUCUGCUGGACUCUCUCCAAUCUGUCUACAUCCUUUCAGUUUUGGACCUCCUACUACAGAAUGCAGGACUCCAGAUGUGGCCUCACCAGUGCUGGGUAGAGGGGAAGAAUCACUUCCCUUCUCUGCUGGCAACACACCUACCAAUGCAGCCCAGUAUGCCAUUAGCCUUGGCAGUAAAGGUGCACUGUUAGUUCAUAUUCAGCUUAUUGCCUGUCCACUGUAACUCCCAGGUCCUUUUCUGCAGAGCUGCUGCCCAGCCAGUCAGCCCCUGCUCCAAGCUGGAGCAAGUAGCCUCCCCUUUGCUCUCCCCCCUUCCCAUCCAGCUCCCCUGCCUUUUCCUUGGCUCUCCCUGUGUUGCUAUAACCUCCUUUGUGUGUGCCCUCCUUUCAGCUCCUUUCAUUUCUCUGCCCACAUAUGUUUCUGCAGGGCUCCCUGCCAGCAAGAAGCUGCAUGGCAGGCUCUGUGGGCAAUGGUGAAAGCCCUUUGUGCUGUUCACAAGAAGCUGUGGAUCAGCUGGGCUCAGGGAGGAGGGUGGAAGUGGCAGGCAUAGGAAACCUUGUAGAGUUUAGACCUUGCCUGGUGCAGGCCCAUGUUUCAUAGUAGUUUGGGGUCAGAAGGGACCUGAACAGAUCAUCUAGUCUGACCCCCUGCCACUGGCAGGAGCACACGCUGGGAUCACAUGACCCCAGACAGGUGUUCAUCCAACUUCUUUUUGGACACCAAAGUAGAACCUGUCUUGCUUGCUGUUCCCUUGUACGGAGGCCUGCUCCCUGCCUUGGGCUCCUAUCUUCACUCCCUGCUGAAUAAGCACAGAAGAGAAGCAGGGUCUGAGUGGAAAAUUAGAGGCACCUGUUGUAGACACUGCCUGAAUGGGCCUGUCUUGAAACUGCUCUUAGGAGGGAAGGGCAGAUAGGAGAUAGCAGCCAAAGCCUUUAAGGAGCAGCCCAAGGUCACCUGACAAGCAGGGGCUGGGACAGAAAGAAGCAGGAGUGAGGGACAUGCCAACCUGCCAGUGCCUGGCAACCAAGGGUGCAGAGGCCUCUGUCUCUGGUGGGAGGGAACAGAGUAAGAGCAGGGCCAGGGUGUAGGUUCCACCAGGUCUAUUAAUGGGCAUCUUUGCACAGGCAGAGAUGGGUAAUUGUGUUUCUUUGGUAAAUGUCCACAGUGGAGGAGUAGAGUGGGACCCAGCUGCAUUGCAAUCCAGCCUCUGGGUUUCUCCAUGAAGCUGCCACAUGUUGGGGGGGGGGGGGUUAAGAACAGCUCAGUUACCCAGCACUCGUGAGCAGGGCAGGGCUCAGUUUGGGUGGAUAGCUUUCUGGCUGGGAACUUGGGAAGGGUAAGUGUUGCCCACCGGGGCUUUUCCCGGAGGCAGUGGGCUCUCCCGGGAGAGUGGGGCAUGCCACAGGGCUUUGUGUUGUCCUCCUUUUCCUCAGCCUGGAUUCCCUCAUCCUAAGGUGCUAGGGUUACGGUUAGGCUGGGCGCCUCGUGUGAGAUGUCUGGCAGAACAAAUUGGUGUCUUUAAUGUAGCUACGAGCACUGCCUUGGUGGGGGUAACCCAAGAGUCGCCAUCGGGUGCUGGAAAGGUUCCAGGCUGCUGCCUCCGAGACGUUCCAGCGGUGCGCAGCGAUGGACGGCUUGGCACGACUCUGCCCAGGUGGGAGACCCAGUGGUGCAGGCGCGAUGCCCUUGUGCCAGUGUGCAGCCAAGCGCAGUGAGUCGGACAUGGAGGGCUGCUGCUUCUCAGCAGCUAGUGGCCUGCGUGUGCACCUGCACUGGGGCGGCCCAGAUGAGCCCGAGCGGCACCGCAGCUAUGCACCAGGCCGGCUCUGUGCUGAGGACAUUUGCAUCGAUGUGGCCCGCAGGCUUGGCAUCACACCACUGUGCUACAGCCUCUUUGCACUCUAUGACCCCCAGGCCCGGCUCUGGUUCCCACCCAACCACAUUUUUGAGAUCAGCAAGGACACCAGCCUCAGCCUGCUCUUCCGCAUGAGGUUCUACUUUCGCAACUGGCAUGGACUGAGCGAGAAGGAGCCAGCUGUGUAUCGCAGUGCUCCGCGCCACAGCAAUGGCCCUGAUGAGCGCUCGCCUGGUAGUGCGCUGCUGGACCGUGCCUCCUUUGAGUACCUCUUUGAGCAGGGGAAGUUCGAAUUCGUGAAUGAUGUAGCAUCGCUGCAGGACCUGGCAACUGAGCAGGACCUUCAUCGUUUCAAGAACGAGAGCCUGGGCAUGGCUGUGCUGCACCUCUCCCACCUUGCCCUCCGCCGUGGCCUCUCCCUUGAGGAGGCAGCCAAGAAGUGCAGCUUCAAGGACUGCAUCCCGUGGUCCUUCCGCCGGCAGAUCCAGCAGAGCAGCUCCUUGACCCGCCUGCGGCUGCGCAGCGUCUUCCGGAGGUUCGUGCAGCAUUUCCAGCGGCACACAGUGGGUGCUGGACGGCUGACAGAGCAGGGUGUCAUGUACAAAUAUUUGGCUACAUUGGAGAGCCUGGCGCCCCGCUUUGGUGCCGAGCUUUAUCCUGUUCUUGCCCUCGACACUUCCCGUGAGGAUGACCGGACCCCACUAUAUGUCAAUGGGGAGCCCCCCAUGCCUGUGGAUGCCCCCCCACAUGGUGACUGCUUGCCCACCCACGAGGUCCUCGUCACUGGCGCUGAUGGCAUCCGGUGGCGGCCUGUGCCUGUUGAGGUGACAGAGAGUCCCCCACACCGGGGCUACUUUGGGCGGAAGGGCAGGAGCAAGGAGCCAGGUUCCCGGGAACCCCCUACCCUGGCUGAGCACAACAAGCCCAAGUGGGUGCAGUUCUGCGACUUCCAGGAGAUCACACACGUCGUCCUCACCGGUGCCUGUGUUGGCAUCCACCGCCAGGACAACCAGUGCCUAGAGCUGGUGCUGCCAUCACCUGAGGUCGCCCUGUCCCUGGUGUCACUGGUGGAUGGCUACUUCCGGCUCACAGCUGAUGCCAGCCACUAUCUCUGCCAUGAGGUGGCCCCCCCUCGCCUAGUCAUGAGCAUCCUCCAUGGCAUCCAUGGCCCCAUGCAGGAGGAGUUCGUGCUGGCCAAGCUGCGGCAGGAGCCACUGGAGGAUGGGCUGUAUGUGCUGCGCUGGAGUGUCAUGGACUUCGACAGAAUGAUCCUGUUGGUGGCUAAAAGGAGCUGCCCCCAGGGCUCUGGGACACAGGCCUCCUUGCAGCACAGGCAGUUCCGGAUCCAGCAGAAGGGCGACACCUUUGUGUUGGAGGGCUGGGACCGGGCUUUCCUCUCUGUGCGCCAGCUCUUGGACACACUCAAGGGUUGCACCCUCAAGUCGGGCAAUGAGAACUUCACCGUGUGCCGUUGCUGCCCACCCAAGCCGGGAGAGAUUUCAGACCUGAUCAUCACACGGAAGGUGAAGGCCGGUGCCAAGCCCAUGCUGAACUUGACCCAGCUGCGCUUCCACCAGAUCCGCAAGGAUGAGAUCACCCAGAGGGCGCAUCUGGGGCAGGGCACACGCACCAACAUCUAUGAGGGGCUGCUGCACGUGUGCGGGGGCGUGGGAGCCAAUGACGAGGCUGAGCCCUUCCCCCCUGAGCCGAAUAACAAUGGGCAGGAGCUGCGUGUGGUGCUCAAGAUGCUGGACCCAAGCCACAGGGACAUUGCACUGGCAUUCUUCGAGACGGCCAGCCUCAUGAGCCAGGUCUCACAUGUGCACCUGGCCUUCGUGCACGGUGUCUGUGUGCGGGGCUCUGAGAAUAUCAUGGUGGAGGAGUUUGUGGAGCAUGGCCCUCUGGAUGUCCUGCUGCGCAAAGAGAAGGGCCGGGUAACCGUGAGCUGGAAGAUCACUGUGGCCAAGCAGCUGGCCAGUGCCCUCAGCUACCUGGAGGACAAGAACCUGGUGCAUGGGAAUGUAUGUGCCAAGAACAUCCUGCUGGCCCGGCGGGGGCUGGAGGAUGGGGCCAUGCCCUUUGUCAAGCUCAGUGACCCAGGCAUCAGUUUCUCUGUGCUCUCUCGAGAAGAGCGUGUGGACCGGAUCCCGUGGAUCGCACCUGAGUGCGUGCAGGAUGUGAGCAGCCUCAGCCCCGCGGCCGACAAAUGGAGCUUUGGCACCACCCUGCUGGAGAUCUGUUUUGAUGCUGAUGUCCCCCUGAAGGAGCGCACCCCGCCAGAGAAGGAGCGCUUCUAUGAGAAGAGGCACCACCUGCCUGAACCAUCGUGCCGGGAGCUGGCCACACUUAUCAGCCAGUGCCUGAACUAUGCCCCUGGCGAGCGCCCCUCCUUCCGCACCAUCUUGCGGGACCUCACCCAGCUGCAGCCACACAACCUCCUGGACAUCAGUUCUGUGAACCCUGAGUUCCUUGUGUCGGACCCCACGGUUUUCCAGAAGCGCUACCUGAAGAAGAUCCGGGAGCUGGGGGAGGGCCACUUUGGCAAGGUCAGCCUGUACUGCUAUGACCCCACCAAUGAUGGCACUGGUGAGAUGGUGGCUGUGAAGUCACUCAAGUCUGGCUGCAGCCAGCAGCUCCUGGCCAGUUGGAAGAGGGAGAUCGAGAUCCUCAAGACACUCUAUCAUGAGAACAUCGUCAAGUACAAGGGAUGUUGCAGUGAGCAAGGGGACAAGAUUGUGCAGCUUAUUAUGGAGUAUGUACCAUUGGGCAGUCUGCGGGACUACCUGCCCAAGCACAACGUUGGCUUGGCCCGCAUCCUCCUCUUCGCCCAGCAGAUCUGUGAGGGCAUGGCAUACCUGCACUCGCUGCACUAUAUCCAUCGGGACCUGGCUGCCCGCAAUGUGCUGGUGGAGAACGAGAAUGUGGUGAAGAUUGGGGACUUUGGACUAGCCAAGGCUGUGCCUGAGGGCCACGAGUAUUACCGGGUCCGUGAAGAUGGUGACAGCCCUGUCUUCUGGUACGCGGUGGAGUGCCUGAAGGAGUGCAAGUUCUACUAUGCCUCUGACGUCUGGUCCUUUGGGGUGACACUCUACGAGCUCCUGACACGCUGUGACCCCAGCCAGAGCCCCCCAGCGAAAUUCCUUGAGAUGAUCGGGGCUACGCAGGGUCAGAUGACAGUGCUGCGCCUCAUCGAACUGCUGGAUCGCGGCAAGCGCCUGCCUAGCCCCAAGGACUGUCCCUGUGAGAUCUACCGCCUGAUGAAGAACUGCUGGGAGGCAGAAGCCUCCUUCCGUCCAGCCUUCCAGAACCUGGUCCCUGUGCUCAGGGCCUUCCAUGAGAAGUACAAGGCUCAGGCCCCCUCCGUCUUCAGCCUGUGCUAAGCUGCAUACCUGAGACUUGUUUGGGGGAUGACUGUCACAUAGUCCAGCUGCACGCUGCCUCAAGCACAGGGCUGCUGCCGGGUCAGGCAGGCUGCCUGUGGACCGUGCCAGAGGCUGGGGAGUUUGGCCCCCCUGGCACAGAGCCUCUGUCCACCAGCCCUGUGGGAGCAGACAUGACAUGAGGCCUCCGGUCUGCAGUCCAACCAGGACUGUAGGAAAGUGCUGUGGAUGCAGCCAGUUGUGGCUCUUUGCCCUCCCACGGGUCUCUUCAGCCCAGGCCAUGGCUUUGGAGGUGUGGCCAUAGCCCCGUGCGCAUCAGCUGCUGCAGCUUGUCAGGCUUUGAGAAGAGCCUCUGCCUGUCUGGGGUCCAAGCUGUACUGCCUCUGCCUGGUGGGAUGGGAGAGUGGCAGCUGAGGCCACUGGAGCAUGAACCCCUCUGCAGCACCUGGCACAAGGGGAGGAGAGCUAGGGCUCAAGGCCUUAUGGGCAAGCCCUAUGCAGCCCCUGCUGGUCUCCAGAGUGCCCUCCUGCACCUCAGCCUCUCCCCCCAUCACCUUUGUGCCUGCCCCGGCAGCACCCAUUGUUGCCCACCUGCUGCCUUCGUACACAGCCUGACCAAAGCCCUGAGGCCCCUGGCCAGGGCCGCACCCCUACUGUGAAUCUGGCCAGUAACUUCUUCUGGCCCCAAGCCUGGCACCCAGUGCUGUGAUGACACCAGGCCUUUGGGGCGAGGCCGUGAGCCAAGGUGUCCUGAGGCAUUUGCUCCACAUACCUCCAAGCCAGUUGCCUUCAGCAUUCGUGUCUCCCUUGCCCACACUUGGCCUGGGCUUUCGCCAGGGCCUUGGUCCCCAAUUAUGCAGAACUCCUAGGGCAGCAGCCACCCCCUUCUGUGGGGGAAAGCAGCCCCUGGCAAAUGUAAUGUUUAUGGCACUUUACCGGGGGGGUGGCCCCUAACUGCACUCUAGUCACGUGAGUCUCUGGGUUCCUUGUCCCCAUCCAUUGCAGCUGGGGGAGCCUACCAUGGGCCAUGAGCACAGCACAGCAAGGGGAAAGGUUGUGGAAACCUUCCCUGAGCAGCUGUUGCCUCCCUUCUGUAGCUAGUCACCACACAUCAUCCCUUCCACCCUCCUUUCCUUCUGCUUGCUUUUGCCUGACUCUGAGGAAUUCUGUCCUCAAAUGCAUAUUCAGCUCCCAGUUGUGGACAGGGCAGGUGGCUACAAUGCCCUGUGGAGGAGGGAGAGAUCAUGCCAGUGUCCAGCUGCUCCCAGCCUACACUACUGCCCCCCAAUCCACAGUCUCUCUGUACAGCUCCCCUGUAUUUAUUGUUGCCUGCCCUGCAAAUGUCAUUGAAUCCUCCUCACCUGUGCCAUGGCCUGUAGGACAGAGCAGAGCUGCCAGCCACCAAAGCCCACCUUCCCCAGCCUGUGCCUGAGCCUUUUGAGCAAAAAGAACCCAGCUGCGUGCCUUGUAUUCUGUCACUGGGCAGAGGCUACGGCUCCCUUGCCCCUGUGGGGGCCUGGGGCACAUCAUUUACCACACCCUCCCUGCCCUGCCUGAGCUGUUGUACAUAGACUUGUUUUCUAUCAGGGCGUGGGAGACAACCUGACUGAACCUGUGGCUUGUGCUGCCCCAGCCAUAGCUGCUCUCUGAGGAAGCUAGCUUGUUGCUGGUGCCACUCUCAAUUGUCUCCAAAUAAAUCACUCUGUCGAGGA